GUUAUCUGAAGAAAAGGAAACAUCUUUGCGGAUUUUUAACGUCUUCAGUCAUUCACAGGCGGAUUUUUUUUUUCUUUUGUUUUUUAAUCAUCAAACGUCGGCAGAGCAACUAAAACAAAUCUAUACAAAUGGGAAACAGAUGUAAGGUGACUUUUUAUUGGGUGGUUUCUUCUCCAUUAAAGUUGACUUUUCUUGUACUCAAUCAUAGACACAAUACCAAACAGAAGCUGCAAUAACAAAGAUAAAACAACUACAGUCACACAUUCACACUCAGAGUGGGCUGGUGGAGCUCUGUCAUGAUUUCACUCGUGAAUCAGUCCAUUGACUCACUCAAGCAUGAAAUGGCAGGACAGUAUUCAAAAGAAAUAUAUAUUUGUUGCAGUAAACUUGGACCUUCAUGAACUCUGCAAACAGAACUUUACCGACAUGCCGGGUGGAGUUUCGUUUUUUUGUUUGUUUGUUUUUUUUCAUUCGAGCGGCUCUUUCCUCUUCUCUCUUGGGGGUCAACUGUCUCUGAAAAACGUUUUUUUUUUGUUUUUUUUUAACACAUCCGUCAUGAGUCCUCAUUUAUCUGUGUGUGGUUAGAUUUGAGCUCCAUCAGGAUGAGAUGCUGACAGCUCCACUCCACAGACAUAAAACAAGAGCAAACUGCAAAGAGCUGAAGAAUAAAACAGGCGUGUUUAAGCUUAAAAAUAAAGACAGGAGAAGGUUAAAAAAAAAAAGCAGGAAAUGAGGAACCCCCUCAGCUGACUCCUUUCAGCAGUGGUGGAUCUUCUCCAAGCUCCCUCUGGUGUCCAGACUCCUGACAUUCUGCAGCAGCAUAAAUACUCUUACUGUUUCCUUUUUUUCCCCCACUGAAUAUAAAAUAUAAUACAGUAAAAAGAUUCAAAUACAUGAGCAUAAAUCUCAUGUGACUGAUCUUUUUAUUUAAUUUUGUUUUAUUUUACUUUGUUUUGUUUUGUUUUAUUUUGUUCUAUUUUUCUAUUUUACUAUUUUAUCUUUUUUUGUUUGAUUUUAUUUUGUUGUGUUUUAUUUUAUUUUUAUUUAUUUUGCUUUAUUUUAAUUUAUUUUAUUUUGUUUGAUUUGAUUUAUUUAUUUUUGUUUGAUUUAAUUUUUUUGUUCUGCUUUAGGUUAUUUUAUAUUUAUUUCAUUAUUUUUCUAUUUUAUUUUGAUUUUUCAUCUUAUUUUAUUUAGUUUAGUUUGAUUUGAUUUUGUUUAUUUUAUUUUAUUUUGCUGUUUUAUUUCAUUUUAUUUUAUUUUAUUCAUUUAUUUGUUUGAUUUGAUUUGAUUUUGUUCUGCUUUAUUUUAUUUUAAUCUAUUUUACUAUUUUAUUUUGUUUUGUUUUUUUAUUUUAUUCUGUUUGUUUAUUUUAUUUUGCUUCAUUUAUGUUUACCAUUUAUUUUUAUUUUAUUUUGUUCUUAUUUUGCUUUUUUAUUUUGUUUGAUUUUGUUUUAUUUCAUUUUAUUUUGUUUUGUUUUAUUUAUUUUAUUUUGCUCUAUUUUUCUAUUUUACUAUUUUAUCUUAUUUUGUUUAAUUUUAUUUUGUUUUGUUUUAUUUUGUUUUAUUUCAUUUUAUUGUGUUUUAUUUAUUUAUUUUUUUGUUUGAUUUGAUUUGAUUUUGUUCUGCUUUAUUUUUAUUUUAUAUUAUUCUAUUUUACUGUUUUAUUUUAUUUUUUUUCCCUUUUCUUUUAUUUAGUUUAAUUUUGUUCUGUUUUGGUUAUUAUAAUUUUUUUUGCUCUGUUUUUUUUUUUCAUUUUGUUUUGUUCUACUUUACUUUUUUUUCAUUUUGUUUGAUUUUAUUCUGUUCUGUUUUAUUUUUUUAUUUUGUGCUAUUUUUCUAUUUUACUAUUUUAUCUUAUUUUGUUUUAUUUUGUUUUGUUGUUUUGUUUUAUUUUGUAUAAUUUCAUUUCAUUGUAUUUUGUUUGAUUUUAUUUAUUUAUUUAUUUAUUGUUUGAUUUGAUUUGAUUUUGUUCUGCUUUUUUUUAAUUCUUUUUUUUUUACUAUUUUAUUUUACUUUGUUUUAUUUCAUUUUAUUCUAUUUUGAUUAAUUUAAUUUAAAUUUGUUCAUUUUAUUUUGUUUUGGUCUGUUUUGUUUCAUUUCAUUUUUUUCUAUUUCACUAUUUGACUUUAUUUUGUUUUAUUUUGGGGUUUUUUAUUCUAGUGGUUUUCUUGGUUCUGAAUUACAUCUGAAUAAAGGUUCUAGAUUUCAAAGAGAGCUUUGUGUGGUGCCCCCUGUGGUCUCUGCUAGCUCGUAACAGUUUAAGAGAUAAACCAUUUUUUUCCAUUUUGUCCAAAAAUUAAAGACAAAAAUAUCUCGACUUUAUUCUAACAGGAGUCAUUUAAAUCCCAACCUGUCAGCGCCCUCUGGUGGGCAAACUCACAAUGAUCUCAAACACACACCUAACUGUUUCCAAUCAGCUCUGUCUCGCUCAUACACACACAUACACACACACACACACACACACACACAAACACACGUACUGAUGUAAUUGUGAUUUCAUCAAAAAGUGUUUUUGUUGUUUGUUCGUUUUUCUCUGAAGGAGGGAGUCAUGUGACUGUAUCACCGCAAACCUCAAAUUAUACACACACACGCACUCACACACACUCACACACACACACACACACACACACACACACACACACACACACACACACACACACACACAGCUGUGUCACUGCAGGAUGUUAAUGUUAAAGCCUGCAGUUUUCACAGCAGCUGCAACAAAAGCAGAAAAUCACUCUGUGUGUGUGUGUGUGUGUGUGUGUGUGUGUGUGUGUGUGUGUGUGUGUGUGUGUGUGUGUGUGUGUGUGUGUGUGUGAGCAGUAAUUAUCACCCUCCGCUCUGUGAACCACCUCAUGUGUGAAUGUGACUGAAAGAAGAAAAGCUGCGGGAAAUGAGUUUGAUCGACUCCAAUCAAAACAAAAACUCAAAGUUUGUUUUCGCAUUUUUACGAUCGGAUGUGGUUUUCCUCCCUCUGAUAACGUUUAUAAAACUAAUGAAACAGAACUUUUUUUAUCACUGUUUUCACACAAACUGAGCAGAAGCUUCAAACAGGGUUAUCCUGUUGAAGCUGUGUCAGAUGAUGUUCCUACAUUUUUUAAAUCCUCCAUCGCUCUAAUAAUCUGGAUUAACAUGAAAUAGUUAAUAUAUGAUUAACCACCAGUGGUUAAUGUAGAGACACAAAAUUGCUCCCAGGAGAAACCAUGUAGUUGUUUGGCUUGCUCUAAAAAAGAAUUAUAAGUUCAGUGUCGAUGACUGAAAGUUUGUCAGCAUUUGUACUUAAUGUUGCAUUUAUGUGAAUACCACAGCAAUCACUAGCAAUCUAUGAUACACAUUUCCAGAACCUGAAAAUUGACUUUGAGUUAUUUUCUUCACAGCUGACGGACGAGAUAUUUACCUAAACCUUCAGUAAAUAAAUAUGACCCUCUGUCCUGUGUGCUUCCUUUAACAGGGUUUUCAGUGUCUCCUGCAGAUGUCCUGCAGCUGUUGAAAAGUGAAGAAAAUCCUCCAUCAAAGCAGCAAGAUUUAAGCCCCAAUCUUGACCAGAUGAACCAGGGAGACCCACCUGAAGAAGAAGAAGAAGAAGACGAGAAACCUCAUUCUUCACAGCUUCAUCCAAUACAAACUGUACAGAUGGAAACAAAUACUAAUGAAGUGGCUCCUUAAGUACUAGAACCACUAAAGUACCCAGUUGAAGGUGCUUAUUUCAAGGCCAUGACUGACUCUUUUGAAACUGAUGACAGUGAAGAUUGGAUACCGCCAAGAGGACGUAAAUCAGGCUCAAAGGCUCACAAAAAAAGUAAAACCAAGAAAAGAAAGCUUGAUGAAGAGUUACACAGCAGCCCCGAGUCUGGUAAAAAAAACAAACAAGGACACUACCUUACCAGGCAGAUGAGAAGUCAUGAAGAUGAGAAACUCUUCAGCUGCCCUGUGUGUGAGGGGAAAUUUAUAUAUGAGGAGUUUUUAGAGAAAAACAUGAAAAACCACGUGGAUGAGAAACCCUUUAGCUGCUCUGUGUGUGGGACAGAAUAUAUAAAUUAG